CGCUUUGCAAUAACUCCUCUCCUUCCACAACCUCUCCACCUGUUCGCUCUUCUUCCUCUUCCUCCCUCCUAACUUUUCUUCCUCCUCUUUCUUCUCUGCAACUCUUCUUCCCUUCCAUGGCUUCUGUCAAAACAUUCUCACACUUUCCAUCUUUAUACUCUUAAACAUCGAUCUUCUCUCUACCCUUAAGAAAGCCAUCAUCUUUCUUAUCUUUCUUCAACCGUUUAGACGCAGGAGACUGAUAGGAUAGAUCCAGAAAGCCACUUUCUUGUAGAUCUCAGCCCACCAAUUUUUUUUUAUCUUUUCCUCGUCUCUCUUCUUCCUAUGAAUACUCUUUCUGUCUAAGCUGGCUUAGACAGAGAAGAAGAAGAAGAAGAGGUAGUGGCAGAAGGAGAAGGAAAAAGUUAGGGUUUGGUGAAGCUAAAAUAUGCCCGCCGGCAUCAUGAUUCCGGCGAGACACAUGUCAUCAUUGGUCGGCAGGAACUCCGGAAUGAGCUUCGGCAACUCCUCGGCAUUGACUCUCGGGCAGAUGCAGACCAACUUGUUGGAAACCCAGCAGCUCCCACUCCAACACCAGCUCAUAGAGAUGCAGACUCCGCCGACGACGACGGCGGAAAGCGAGCUAAUAAGAGCUCGAGAAGAUGAUUUUGAGAGCAAAUCCGGUAGUGAGAACAUCGAAGGUGCCUCCGGCGAUGAGCAAGAUCCGAACCAGCGGCCGAGAAAGAAGCGGUAUCAUCGGCACACACAGCAUCAGAUUCAGGAGAUGGAAACUUUCUUCAAAGAUUGCCCUCAUCCAGAUGACAAGCAAAGGAAGGAACUGAGCAGGGAGCUAGGGUUAGAGCCUUUACAAGUCAAGUUUUGGUUUCAGAACAAGCGCACACAAAUGAAGACCCAGCAUGAGAGGCAAGAGAAUGGACAAUUGAGAGCUGAUAAUGAGAGGCUUCGCUCGGAGAAUCUUCGAUACAAAGAGGCUCUUAGCAAUGCCUCGUGCCCAACCUGCGGUGGCCCAGCCACCCUCGGUGAGAUGUCCUUUGAUGAACAUCACCUGAGAAUUGAGAAUGCCAGGCUAAGAGAGGAGAUUGACAAGAUAUCAGGCAUUGCAGCCAAAUACGUAGGAAAACCAAUGGGAUCUUACCCCCUCCUCUCCCCGUCCAUCACCUCUCGCUCUCCUCUAGACCUCGGCAUCGGCGGCUUUGGCCCUGGACUUGCCGGAAGUGAUCUUUUUCGAGCUGGGGAGCUGAUAAGGUCCGUGUCCGGCCAGCCAGAAAUCGACAAACCAAUGGUGAUCGAGCUCGCCGUUGCUGCCAUGGAAGAACUUAUUAGAAUGGCUCAGCUUGGAGAGCCACUAUGGACUCCUGGGCUUGAUGGAGCUACGGAGACUCUCAAUGAGGAAGAGUACAUGCAUAAUUUUCCAAGAGGGAUUGGACCAAAUCCAUUUGGAUUGAAGUCGGAAGCUUCAAGGGAGACUGCUGUGGUUAUAAUGAAUCAUGUUAAUCUCGUUGAGAUUCUCAUGGAUGCGAAUCAAUGGUCGACAAUGUUCUCUGGCAUUGUGUCAAGGGCAAUGACUCUUGAUGUGCUGUCUACUGGUGUUGCAGGAAACUACAAUGGUGCUUUGCAAGUGAUGACAAGUGAAUUCCAAGUUCCAUCUCCACUUGUUCCAACCCGAGAGAGCUACUUCGUUCGAUACUGCAAACAACAUCCCGAUGGAACUUGGGCGAUCGUCGAUGUUUCCUUAGAUAGUCUUCGUCCGAGCCAAGUAAUGAGAUGCCGCCGAAGGCCAUCAGGAUGUUUGAUUCAAGAAAUGCCUAAUGGCUACUCUAAGGUGAUUUGGGUAGAACAUGUUGAAGUUGAUGAUAGAUCAGUUCAUAACAUAUACAAGCCAUUAGUAAAUUCAGGCCUUGCAUUUGGUGCAAAAAGAUGGGUCUCUGCCUUGGAUCGACAAUGUGAACGCCUUGCAAGUGUCAUGGCUAGCAAUAUUCCUUCAGGAGAUAUUGGAGUGAUAACAACAUCAGAGGGGAGAAAGAGCAUGUUAAAGCUGGCUGAGAGAAUGGUCAUUAGCUUUUGUGGAGGAGUAAGUGCCUCUACAACUCAUCAAUGGACUACAUUAUCUGGAAGUGGAGCUGAAGAUGUGAGGGUGAUGACUCGAAAAAGUGUCGAUGAUCCUGGUCGACCUCCUGGUAUUGUUUUGAAUGCUGCAACUUCCUUCUGGCUACCUGUUGCACCGAAGAGGGUGUUUGAUUUUCUUCGAGAUGAGAGUUCUCGAAGCGAGUGGGAUAUCCUCUCAAAUGGUGGUGUAGUCCAAGAAAUGGCUCACAUAGCCAACGGUCGGGAUCAUGGCAACUCUGUCUCCCUCCUCAGAGUUAAUAGCACAAAUUCAAACCAAAGUAAUAUGCUGAUACUUCAAGAGAGCUGCACUGACAUGACUGGUUCCUAUGUGAUUUACGCUCCGGUCGACGUCGUCGCCAUGAACGUCGUCCUCAAUGGCGGCGACCCCGACUAUGUAGCUCUCUUGCCUUCGGGUUUUGCCAUUCUUCCUGAUGGGUAUGGAGGAGUUAAUGGAGCUGGAAGUGGAAUUGGGGAAGUGGGUUCAGGUGGUUCUUUACUUACAGUGGCAUUUCAGAUAUUAGUUGAUUCGGUGCCAACAGCAAAGCUAUCUCUCGGUUCAGUGGCCACUGUUAACAACCUCAUUGCUUGUACUGUGGAAAGGAUUAAGGCUGCAGUGUCUGGAGAGAGUGCUCAGUGAACUAAAUUGGCUUCCUUCUCUAUAUAUUAAUGGGAUUAAAGGGGAUUAAAUCUUAAUUAAUGAGGGAAAUAAUGGGAGAAAUUUUUGAAACAUGAGAAGUAGUCAAGAACGCACCUCAGACUCUCCUUGCAAUAUGAUGUAUUUGUGCUAUUUGUAAUCAAAGUCUUAAGUAGAGAGAGAUUCACAAAACUACAUAUGUGAGGGUGUUGGUUCGGGUAUUGACUCUCCUUCUUUCUCUCUCUCUCUCUCCCUUCCCUCUCUUUGUACUUUUGCAAAAAACUACUUCUAUUUCCCUUUAUUUACUACUACUAGUUGCUUUCUUAGUUUCUCUCUUAAUUCCUGUAAGACAGGCUUUGUUAAUUAUAAGUGCAUCAAAUUCAAGCAUUGUUAUUUCAUGAA